UUUCUCUUCUCUUUUAGUUUCAGUAAUGGAGAAGGAAGAAUCAUCUUCAAUGGAAGAGAACGAAGAUUCCGGCAAAACAACAAUAACCCCAACUGGUUUAACCCAAGAAGAGUUGGAGGAAUUAAAACCAGUCAUCUUUGAGGUCCAUUCCGAUGCUAUAAGUUCCGGCAAAUGCUCAUCUCUGUUAGCCCAACGCAUAUUUGCUCCGGCCGGAACGGUCUGGUCUAUCGUCCGGCAGUUCGAUAAACCACAAACCUAUAAGCAUUUCAUCAAGAGUUGCUCCAUCAAAGAAGAUUCUCCUUCUCCGAUCACCGUUGGAUGUCUCAGAGAAGUCAACGUGAUCUCCGGUUUACCUGCUGAGACAAGUACUGAAAGGCUUGAUGUGUUAGAUGAUGAGAGAAAAGUGGUUGGUUUCACUAAUAUCGGUGGGGAGCACAGAUUAAGAAACUACCGUUCGGUGAUGUCGGUGAAUGAGUUCAAGAAAGAAGGUGAGAAGAUCUGGACCGUUGUUUUGGAAUCUUAUGUUGUUGAUGUACCGGAAGGUAAUACUGAAGAUGAUACAAGGAUGUUUGCUGAUACGGUUGUGAGAUUAAAUCUGCAGAAGUUGGCUUCCGUGACUGAAGGUUUAGCACAACACAGGUGAUCGUCAAGAUAAGC